GGCGGGGCCACGUAAUGUCGUCACAUGACAGGCAUCUCAAAUGACUGUAGUUCAUUCUCCGACUUCCGUGUUCUUUCACUGCUACCAUCUAUCAGCCGGCCGACGCAAGAGAGCCAGAAUGUCUCAUCAAACCGGCAUCCAAGCUACCGGGGAAGUGAAAGAAAUCUUUGCGAAGGCCCGGAAUGGAGAAUAUCGGCUCAUCAAAGUAGUGAUAGAAAAUGAGAAGUUAGUUCUGGGUGGAAGUAAACGGGCUGCAAAGAAAUGGGACCAGGAAUGGGACAGCUGUGUUCUCCCUCUGGUGGAGGAUGACAUGCCCUCGUACCUUCUCUACAGGCUGGAUACCACCAACAACCAGGGUUAUGAGUGGAUCUUUCUGGCCUGGUCUCCGGAUCACUCUCCAGUUCGACAAAAGAUGCUGUAUGCUGCUACGAGGGCCACGCUGAAGAAAGAGUUUGGUGGUGGCCACAUUAAAGAGGAGAUUUUUGGCACAGUUAAGGACGAUGUCUCUCUAAAUGGCUAUAAAAAGUACCUUAGCUCCCAGGCGGCGCCUCUGCCUUUGACUGCAGCAGAGGAGGAACUGAGGCAAAUCAAACUCAAUGAGUUGCAGACAGACAUCCAUGUUGACACAAAGCAGCAGACUCUUCAGGGAGUGGCGUUCCCUAUGCAGAGAGAAGCUAUUCAGGCUCUGGAGCAGUUUAGGGAGAGAAGGAUUAACUACGUUCAACUGGAAAUAGAUUUUCCUAAAGAGUCCAUCAAGUUGUCCAGCACGGCUCCCACGGAGCUGAAAGAUUUGCCUAAAAGGAUCCCAAAUGAUGCAGCUAGGUAUCACUUUUUCCUCUACAAACACUCGCAUGAAGGAGACUACCUUGAGUCCACAGUGUUCAUCUACUCAAUGCCUGGUUAUAAAUGCGGCAUCAAAGAGAGAAUGCUGUAUUCAAGCUGCAAGAACCCUCUCAUAGACACAGUGGAGAGGAACUUGGGCAUUGAAAUUGCAAAAAAGCUGGAAAUUGACAAUGGUGAUGUACUUACCAGUGACUUCCUGUACGAAGAGGUUCAUCCUAAGCAGCAUGCAUACAAGCAAGCUUUUGCCAAACCCAAGGGGCCAACCGGGAAGAGGGGGGGCCGUAGAAUUACACGAGCGCCAGGGGACGGCGGCGAUGAUGAUUAAACCUCUUCCUGUUCUGAAUCUGACAGUGGUACAUUCCACUUAGUCUAAUGAAUCCCGUCCUCAAAGCGAAUUCCCCUUUUUACCCAGACCCAUGUAGACCACAGCCCUAUAGACUGAUCUAUGCACAAAGUAAUACACUAAGCCUGUGAAAUUACAUUUUGUAGCUUGCAAUAUGAUACGCUAUGUCGAAGAACACAGAUUGAGGUAGACGAGAAUGUUUUACGAAGCUUCACUCGCAUUCAAGAAUGCCAUCUGUGAUGUUCCUGGUAAUAGUUUUAACACUAUUACGCUGUUUACUUGCAUAUUAGCCAAGAUUAUGAUAUAGAGUGCAAUAAUGUUGAAAUAGACACUCCAUUUAGUGCUCGUUGUCCAGAAAUAGAUAUUGAUUUUCAAACCUUUUUGAAGAUCGUUUUUGAGAAAAAAAGAUUGUUUCCCAUAAACAGAUAUGUAGUCAAGGUAUAAAUUGCACUUUCAGUGGUAGCUUUCCAGCUUUCCAUUUUAGCUUAGGAGUAACUUUAAUAUUUGUCCAGGAAAAUGGCUGUGGAGAUUAGGCAUGAUUUAUGUUUGGAAGUCUGGAAAUUUAAACAGUCCACAGGAAGGUCAGAAGUUCAGAUCUGUUUUAUGAGGCCAUAUGCAUUAAUUAACUUUCUGAUUGAUUAGGUUGAAGAUUUUCUUAAAGAAUGACUACAUAAAUUAUCAGUAUUCUGACAGCCACUGAAGCUUGUAGCGAUGGAGUAGGGAUGAUUUCAAUGAAGUAUUUGCCAAGAAUAUUGUGCUAAAAAGGUUCCAAUACCUUUUUUUAAUGUUUUAAUUCUUGAAAAUUGGUCUUGUAAUUUUUUGUUUUGUUUUUAAAUGUAGGAUUGUUUAAUUAUAGG